AGAGAGCUGGUGCUACGUGCGUCGGGCUCGGGUGGCUGUGGAGGAUCCACGUCCCGAUCACAGGCUCGUUCCCUGGAUCGACGGUGGACUCUGGAGCUCCAGAACCGACCGACCGAGUGUUGUGUGGUGUGGUCUGUCCCGGGAGGAGACUUGAACCUGCAGCUACUGACGCUACUGACGCCCUGUGUUUAUAACCGAGAGACGGAAGAGCAGGACAGCAGACAUCAUGGAGGACGACGACCUGAUGUUCACCAUGGAGGAGGAGGGCAGCGCCAAGAGACCCCCCGUCCAACGAGGGGCCCCCAGCCAGCGGACAUCCUCCCUGAGCGACGCCAACGCCAGCGACGACGACGACAGCGAGAUCAUCAGCCCCAUCCUGGACGACUCCGCCGUGGAAAUCUGUCACUACUUGAAGAACCUGGUGUAUACCCGGCAGCUGUCCAACUCUCUCCCUAAGAACAGCUUCCAGUACAAGAAUGAAACAGAAACAGUGGCAGAACCUCGCUCGUACAAGGUUUUGUCUCAGAGCGCACGGGAUGCAUGGAAACAUGCAAUUGAAAAGGCCAAAGCCAUGCCCGACCCCUGGGCUCAGUUUCAUCUGGAGGAAAUUGAGACAGAACCCUGCAUUCGUUACAGGUACAAUGCCAUCACAGGGGAGUGGGCUCAGGACCAGAUCCACAUCAAGAUGGCUACUCAGCCGUUCGGGAAAGGGGCGAUGAGGGAGUGCUUCCGAACGAAAAAAUUGUCAAAUUUCUCGCAUAGCAGCAACUGGAAGUCGGCAUCGAACUACGUGGCCAAGAGCUACAUGGAGUCGGUGGAAAGAAAGGUUUACUUUGAGGACGUCAAGCUGCAGAUGGAGGCCAAACUCUGGGGGGAGGAAUACAACCGACACCGACCUCCCAAACAGGUGGACAUCAUGCAGAUGUGCGUGGUGGAGAUGACGGACCGACCAGGCAAACCUCUCUUCCACCUGGAACACUACAUUGAGGGCAAAUACAUCAAAUACAACUCCAACUCUGGCUUCGUGAGGGACGACAACAUCAGACUCACCCCGCAGGCUUUUAGUCACUUCAGCUUCGAGCGGUCGGGACACCAGCUGAUCGUGGUGGACAUCCAGGGUGUCGGGGAUCUCUACACUGACCCUCAGAUUCACACCGAGAAGGGGACGGACUUCGGAGAUGGAAAUCUAGGUGUGCGAGGCAUGGCGCUGUUCUUCCACUCCCACCUCUGUAACAGGAUCUGCAAGAGCAUGGGCCUGAUGCCCUUUGACCUUUCACCUGCGGAGAAAUCCCAGCUGGACUGCACCAACAAACUGCUCCGGUCAGCCCAGACGGUGCUGAGAGGCUGCGAGGAGCCUUGCGGUUCCCCUCGUGUUCGCACCGUGUCAGGAUCUCAGUGGAUGUCCCGCCUCUCUGAGACGUCAUCUGUAGACGACAGCACGAGUGAAGUGGACUCGGUCCCCUGCUCGCCUCUCAUCCUCUCAUCUCCGAUAGCUGCAUCUGGAACAAUGGGCAAGUCGCCUGUUGGUUUAUCUUUUACUGGAAUGAAUGAACAUGAAAGAUUCGGUAACAACAACACAGGAGAACAUAAGGAGUUGGAUAGCGGCAGUGACAGCGGAUACCCCAGCGAGAGGAGGAGUGAAGGCGAUCCGAGCGACCACGUAGACGGGGCUCAGCAUCGAUACAACAGGCAUUAUUCCGAGUCAGACGAGGACAGUGUCAGACGGCUGACAGAGGAGAAGUGGAGCUUCUACCAUUCGUCUCGUGCUCACGUCCACCGACCGUCGUGUGUUUCCACUGAGGUGGAGCGACUCAGCACUCUGCUGCAGAAAACGACCGGCCAGUCAAUUCUUGGAAAGGUCCACCUGGGGAUGGUGCGGUACCACGAAGCCGGUCGCUUCUGUGAGAAGGACGAGCAGUGGGAUCAGGACUCGGCCAUGUUCCACCUGGACAGAGCCGCCCAGUGUGGAGAGCUGGAGGCCAUCAUUGCCCUGGGCCUGUGCUAUCUGCAGCUGCCUCAUCACAUACUGCCAGACAUGGAGCUGGAGGAUAGCGCAGGAAACAGGAUGAAAGGUUUCAAGUAUCUCCUGCUGGCGGCUGAGGCUGGUGACAGAUCCGCAAUGAUUAUUGUGGCCAAAGCCUUUGACUCAGGAGUCAAUCUGUCUGCUGACAGAACGCAGGAUUGGGCAGAAGCGAUUCGCUGGUAUGAAAGUGCAUUGAACAUGACGGACUGUGACGAGGGGGGAGAGUUUGAUGGGACACAGGAUGAGCCUCGCCACCUGAUGCUGGCCAGAGCGGGAGAGAUGUUCCUAGAGGGAGGCCACAACCUCACCGCAGACCCACAGAGAGCAGGUGAUCUGUUUACAGAAGCAGCAGAAGCUGCCAUGGCCGCCAUGAAGGGCCGGUUGGCGAACCAGUAUUACAUGAAAGCUGAAGAGGCCUGGGCGCUGAUAGAGGAGGAGUAAUUGGGGAUACAGGAGAUCAUGUGUCUGACAGACAGCUAGUCUGACCCUUUACACAUUCAGGACACAACUUGGAUGGUUGCAGUUUACAUCUUUUUUUAUUACAGAGUAGUGAAUGGAUUUUUUCUAUGGAUGCCUUAAGUGUGUGUGUGUGUAUCUUCCAGGAUCAGGCUUGUAUCUCUAGGUUCCUGUCCUUCCUUCUCUCUGUUUGUUAAACCAGUAAUGCAGAUUCCUGUUUUCUCUCAUUUCCUAUGUCUGCUUCCUUCUGGCCUCUGACCAUCUGUAUGAAAGAGAUAAACUAAGAAAUACAAACAAAAUAAAACAAGGGAAUUGGUUUUACUUUCGCUGCACCCAAAUGCUAAUGAAUGCUCGGAUGAAUGCAUGUUAAAAUGUUUGCAGUAUAAAACUGUAAAAUAAAGUUUGCAUCGCUUUGUACAAUGAAAA